UAUCGCUUUUAGCACUGCAGCUGAAACUGAGACACGCACAGAGGGAAAGCAUGAAGCCUGCAGCGAUAGUUAGCGGGAGAGGUUGCGCGGUCGCUGGUCCCCAACACACCCCUUCCCUCAAUAUCCGAUCACCACCACCACCUCCUGUUUCAAGUUUCACGUUUGGCUCACGCCUCCAAAUCUCACUUCCACUCCUCAGCAAUCCCAUACAAAAGUCUCGCACGCGUUUCGCCAUAGCUCGCGCAGCAGAUAGAGACCAUAGCUUCGCCGAGCCUCCGGCGAAGGCGCUUCGCCGUAUUCUCGAAUUGCCUGGUGUUCACCAGGGCCCUGCUUGUUUUGAUGCUCUCAGUGCAAGGCUUGUGGAGAGGGCUGGAUUUCAAUACUGCUUCAGCAGUGGCUUUUCAAUAUCGGCUGCUAGAUUGGGAUUGCCAGAUACGGGGUUUAUAUCCUAUGGAGAAAUGGUAGAUCAAGGGCAACAAAUUACCCAAGCUGUCUCGAUUCCGGUCAUAGGGGAUGGUGAUAAUGGAUAUGGGAAUGCAAUGAAUGUCAAGAGAACUGUUAAGGGAUAUAUUAGAGCAGGUUUCGCUGGGAUCAUUCUCGAAGAUCAGGUGUCUCCGAAAGCUUGUGGUCAUACACAAGGGAGGAAAGUGGUGUCCAGAGAGGAGGCAGUGAUGCGGAUAAAGGCAGCUGUUGAUGCUCGGAAGGAGAGUGGCUCUGACAUUGUUAUUGUAGCACGAACUGAUUCUCGUCAAGCAGUAUCUUUAGAUGAAUCACUCUGGAGGUGUAGAGCUUUUGCUGAUGUUGGAGCAGAUGUUCUUUUUAUUGAUGCGCUAGCUUCAAAAGAAGAGAUGAGGGCUUUCUGUGAAAUUUCUCCCCUAGUUCCAAAAAUGGCCAAUAUGCUUGAAGGAGGGGGCAAAACACCGAUACUUAAUCCUCUUGAGCUUGAGGAUCUUGGAUAUAAGCUUGUGGCCUAUCCACUUUCCUUGAUUGGGGCAUCCAUUCGAGCAAUGCAGGAUUCACUGAUUGCCAUUAGAGGAGGGCGUAUCCCUCCUCCCGGAAGCAUGCCGUCAUUUGAAGAAAUUAAGGAAAUCUUAGGUUUCAACACUUACUAUGAAGAAGAGAAGCGCUAUGCUACCAGUGUCAAUCAGCUGUCAUCGCAGAGAGUGAGCAGUAGCAGAUACUCUAUAGAACAGAGGGCUCAAGAUGAAACAGAGCAGAGAGGUCGACGUACUCAGGAUCCCAUUGUCGAAGUGAUAACUCCUGAUGUGUACAAUAACUAUGGUGCAGAUAGCUCAAGGGAUCCUUUUUCACAGAUCUGGUCUCGGACAUUGAGAAUCAAAAUUACUGGAAGAGAUGGAUUUGAGAGGCUUGAUGUUAGGAUCCCUGCGGGAUUCUUGGAUGGAAUCACAAAUAUAGUUCCAGCUUUGGGAGGUGUAAAUAUCAAAGAAUUGUUGGAUGAUGCAGCAUACGAAGUAGGAGGGAAGCUGUUAUUGGAUUUUAACGACACAAUGGGUGACAGGAUUCAAGUCUUUCUUGAGUAGCUUUUCCACUGUUCUUUCAGAGCUCCCAUGAAAAUUGGAGAAUCAUAAUCAGGAGGUUUUAAGUGUAGCCUACGAGCUGUUGGAUAUGUAAAAGCAUGGCCAAGGCCCUCUAUGUUCGUUAAAGCUCAAGCCCCGUCCAUGUGAAUUCCUGAUCUUUUGCCACAUCAAUCGCAUUUAGCAGUCACUUGUAAUCCUUUCUGGAUUUUGGCUUAUUUUACAGUAGUAUCUGAACACUCAUCUACUUACAUACAUCGAAAAAUUAAAGAAUGGUUGGUUUGUGUCCAAAUGGCAUGUAGUGAAGCUUCAAGUGGGCAAAAGGUAGAAAGCAAUGGUGAUAAGCUUGAUGCAAUAAAGGCUAAAGCAUGCAUGAUAUGCAUCUCCGACAAGGUGAUGGGCCUUUGGUUUGUCACUUGCACUACAUUUUUCUAUCUUCCAGAUUGGCCUAUCGAGCACACCUACCCCGCAGCCGCAGGCCCACCAUUGGCUCACUUCAAGUCGACUUCCAACUUUUUGUUGUUCUUUCCUUUUUUAUCUCACUUAUAAAUAAAUAAAAGCUUGAGACUAACUUGUG